AUGAAUUCUUCUAGUAAUGCUUCACAUUUGCCGCCUCCACCAGUUAUGUGGGCACAGGGGAAAGACAAAAUUUUUCUAACUAUCCAGUUAGAAAAUUGUAAAAAUCCUACCAUCACACUCAAGGAUGAUAGUCUGCAUUUCCGUGGCAAAGGUGGUCCAGGAAACACAGAACAUGAAGUACUGAUAGAGUUUAACAAGGAAAUAGACUCUGAUACCUCAAAAUUCCAGGUCACAGAGAGGGAAGUGUUUUUUGUCCUCACGAAGAAAGAAUCAUCACGAGGGUUUUGGCCUCGCUUGUUAAAGGAUUGUAAAAAAGUACAUUACCUAAAGACUGACUUCAACAGAUGGAAGGAUGAGGAUGACUCUGACGCAGAAAACAAUGAAGAUUUUAAUCUAGAUGAGAUGAUGUCGUCAAUGGGAGGUUUGCAAGGAGCAGGAGGUGUUCCUGAUUUAGAUGAUCAAGAAGAAGAUAGUGAUGAUGAAGAUUUGCCUGAUCUCCAAGAGUGA